AUGCGUCCGAACGUGCUAAAUCGAACUUAUUAUAUUGGCAGUCUAAUCAAUGAUGAGAUGGUUGAGUCUAAUGUACGUUUUACACAAGAAUUAAUUCACCAAUAUUUCAAUGACAGUCAUGAAAAUACAAUGGAUUUAGAUAAUAAACUGGAAUUAUCAACAUCUAUGCCAAAUAUAAAUAAACUUGACUAUAUAUUAAAACAAAUACGUAUCGAUUUACCAUCAAUAGCUGAUAAUGAUGAUCAAAAAACGUUAAUACAAUAUGGAUUAGAUUCAAUACGCUUUAUUCAUUUACACACAUUGUUACAACAACACUUAAAGUUUGAUUUACCAGCGGAUGAAUUAUCUUCUAUGUCAGUUGGACAAUUAUUACAUUAUGUUCAAAUCGAUACGAACAAUGACAAAAAACUUUGA